AUGGUUCUUCGAAUUCGUCUGGCGCGCUUCGGCAAUAAGCAUACACCUUUCUACAACAUCGUGGUUGCGCAGGCCCGGUCUGCGCGCGGCGCGAAACCCCUCGAGGUUAUCGGCACCUACAACCCCAUCCCCAAGCGACCCACAAAUCUUUAUGACGAGAAUGCUCAAGCACGUCCUUACAAAGAGGUCGCACUAGACCGGGCACGCGCUCAAUACUGGCUCGGUGUUGGUGCCCAGCCAAGCGAUCCCGUGUGGAAGCUGAUGAGCAUGGCUGGUCUCGUUGAACCGAAGCCCACGACCUUUCACAAGGCGUGA